CACGUGACGGUUUGUUAGUGCGCGUCAUUCGCGUCCCGGCUCUCGCCUGCUUAUUUGUCCUGUCCGCUUCCCAGUUUGCAAUAUUAGAAAAUUAAGACUAAUCGAGAGGCUGAGCGAAAUAAAAAGACCAGCUCGCGAAAGGCUCACCCCCAAGUUUUGUUUCUAGGAAGGGAUUUCAAUUUGAGCGCAGCAUGGCUGGAUUGAUGGCAGGGUUUGGCAACUUCACUCACGCGGUUGUGCGAGAGAUUCCCGCAUCCUUUGCCAAAGAAGCACUGAGGACGGGCAGCGCGGAGGUGGACCUGGCCAGGGCUCACAGAGAGCACGAGCUCUAUGUCGGGGUGCUGAAGCACCAGCUCGGGCUUCAAGUGCUCCAGCUGCCCGCCGAUGAAAGUCUCCCAGACUGCGUGUUCGUGGAGGAUGCAGCCGUGGUGUGUGGAGACACGGCGCUCAUAACCAGACCGGGGGCACCCAGCAGAAGGAAAGAGACUGAAGCCGUAGGAAGUGCUCUGAAGGAGCUGGGCCUGAACGUGGUGGAGAUGGUGGAAGAGACUGCCACGCUGGAUGGGGGAGACGUGCUGUUCACAGGUAGAGAGUUCUUUGUGGGCUUAUCAAGGAGAACAAACCAGCGAGGAGCAGAAAUCCUAGCAGAUACAUUCAAGGACUAUGCUGUUUCCAUGGUCCCUGUGCUUCACAACCUGCACCUGAAGAGUUUCUGCAGCAUGGCGGGCCCCGGCCUCAUUGCUAUCGGCUCUAGCGAACCUGCACAGAAAGCCCUGAAGAUCAUGCAGCAGAUGAGUGACCAUCGCUAUGACAAACUGACGCUGCCAGAUGACGUCGCGGCCAACUGUGUGUAUCUGAACCUUCCUGACAAAGGACACGUGCUGCUUCACAGCUCUCCAGAACAGUAUCCUGACAGCGUGAAGGUUUUUGAGAAGCUGAAGGAUCACAUGCUGAUUCCAGUCUCCAACUGCGAGAAAGAAAAGGUUGAUGGAGCCCUUACCUGCUCAUCUGUGCUCAUCAACAAAAGAACCGAAAUCUGAUCCGGACACGAGAUCACCUCUGGAGGGCUGACAGUGAUGUGCCAACAACGCGCAGUGCCUGAGCCUGUUCCUUACCGAGUCCUCCCUGUGUGUCUGUCCUUGUGCUGCUGAUUGUUGUUCACAGUCCUUAAAACAACUGUCUAGCGAACAUUACAGUGGGCUGAUUGAUUUUGUAUUAGCUUGAAUGUCCCAUUUAGUAGACGUACAGUGUUUCUAUGCAAAGUCUUCUGAGACUUUGAAGAAAACUAAGACCAGGUAGCAAGUGUGGACAUGACUGAUAUAACUGAUUUUUUAAUUUUGUAGAUUUAUCAUGAACUAUACUUUUGAAAUAAUUUCAUGUCAUUUUUAAACUCAGAGAAUAUUUUAGUUUGUUAUAUACAUUUGUCUCCCUGCAAUGGACUGGUGUCUCCUCCAGGGUGUACCCUGCCAGCUGACUGUCGCUUCUGAGAUAGGUUCCCCUGCAAUGCUGAAUUGGAAGAAGAGGCACGAAAAUUACUAUACAUUUGUAUUUUAAUAUGUGGCUUUUUGAAUGUCAGGCAGAAAGCAGACAACCCUCAGAAUGUGUCAGGAAAGACUUCUAAAUUCUUGUGAUUGACAGAUGCUUACGUUUUUGUCUUCUGCUCUAACAUUAGCCCUCUUUUUUUAGCAUUUUCUCUUUCAGGACCAUCAAUUCUCAUUUCACGGCUGUUAUUAGGUGCUAAUUAUUAUAUCCAGCUGAUUCCCAAUACCCUUAAAGCUGCAGAGGCUUUGUGUAUAAACACCUGAAGGAAUUAAGUACUAAAGGUCUUUCUGCAAACUGUCAGUUUUAUGUGAUUGUGCUAUUGAUUAGUAAAGUACUGUACGUGCUUUCUGUUCGUGAAUCCACAAUCUGUGUGAUAAACUGCUUGGAAGAUGAACAGAGCUGUCCUGUGCUUCAUACAGUAACUGGAUAUAACCGCGUAACUGGAAAAAGUUGAUUUCUAAAACUCUUUAUUUCAAGCAUAACUGGUCACAUGUGAGCUAUAAUUGGAUGAUACUUUAUAAUAGGAUCUAUAUAUUUUUCUAAGAAAAGCUGAGGGGAAAGAAAGUAAAGAGAGAACAGUUUAGUAAAAUAGUAUUGGAGGAGCUCUGCCAUGGAAAAUAGGAUACAGAAUAAUUCUGCACUUUCACAGUGCUGUUCCGUUUGUAGACCCACAGGCCAAGUGGGAAAUCAGCAGGAGAGAUUCCCAGCUGUGCUCUGGCCUGCUUGUUCUCCUGUACAAAUACCUUGCACAGCAUCUCCUUUCACCAACAGUGGAUACAUCUCUGAAUGUUCAAAUCACCAGACUUACCAAGAAAAGAAGUAAGAACUUCCUACAGACAUGGACAGUUUUCUUAACUUAAAUAAAUGGACCAUCUAAACUGAAGAGUACCACUGUGCAGAAUUAUUAUUUUAUAUUAUCAUUAUUAAAUUAUAUUUGAACGGCUGUUUAUUUUUGCUCUUGAAAGAAUACUUUUAUAUUUAGAAUGAACAGAUAGGGUGUAUCCUGUUUUUUCCCUUUAUUUCUUUUGCAACAUUGUUUAAUUAAAGGUUUUAAAAACACAUUAAAUAAUUUUCUUUAGAUUAUUCCAGAUCCUCCCCACCAAUAUAAACUACAAUGGCUGUUCUCCUGCAGUUGCAGAAAAAGGCGAUGUUGUGAUGAAACGUGGAAGGAAUUCUUUUGGAAUACAUUCGUCAGCCAGUAAACAAGCCACUUUCUUAUUGCUUCACAUUUUUGGUAUAAUUUAUGACAAUGAUAUCAUACAGUCUGGCUAAGGCACAAGAGGUCCAGCCGUAAAAUUGUAAUUUGUGACACAAGCUGUAUAUUUUAUGGGACAUUUUUGGCAUAGAGAACAAAUGAUACCAUGGUUGCCAGGUAUCUAAUCUAGAACUCAUACAGCGAAAUACUGAGCAGAUGUUGGGCGUCUGGUCACAGAGAAGGGUCGCAUUGAGAGUCCCGGUGAGUCACAAUACCAGUGUGAAAUGUGCUGGUGAAUAUGAUCACCAAGGACUGAUUGUGGAACAUAUUAAUGAAAUAUGAAUCUGUCAUUUUCUGCAGUGCAAUGGUUUGUUUUUCUAGGUCGUUUUAAAAAGCACUUCCUUAUUAUUAACACUGUUUCAAUGUCUGACAUCAAAGCUCCUGGUUCAUUUACAAGAAAGUGCAUCUAAUUGUGCAUAGGUUAGCAUGUCUCUGUAGUAAGGUAACACUAGGAAUCUGAACUUAAGACAUGCAUUGGUCACGUGGUUUUGUGUAUGUAUAAGAUGUGAUGCAACUUAUUUUGAUUAAAUUUUCUUCAGGGGUGUUUGUUUAUAGAAGCUUUUCUGCCUAUGUUUGUGCCAAAGACAUCAGUGCACUGAGAUUUGUUAAGUAAGAACUUCUUCAUUGAUCAUAAAUGCAGAGUAUUUCUGGAAGGACAAAUACCUUUUGUUAAAUAAAGCUACAAUAUCUUAA